AUGCCCGAUCCCCUCAUCUUCUCUGCGGUGGCUGGAUUCCGGAGGUGGAACUGCGCUCACGGUCCCGAGUCCCAAGGCGACUGCGGACAGAUCCCGUCGCCUGGUGAGCAUGGACGAAGGGUUGAGUGGCGAAAAUGGAAGCAGCAGAAGAAAGAGGAGAAGAAGAAGUGGAAAGACAUGAAGAUCAGGAAAAAACUGGAGCGGCAGCUGGCAAAAGAGGAGCAGGCAAAGCAGCAGCAGGAGGAGGAGGAGGGGGCUGCCCAGAGGACAGACCAGGGACGACCCUAUACCCUGAGUGUGGCUCUGCCAGGCUCCAUCCUGGACAAUGCCCAGUCACCACAGCUUCGCACCUACCUGGCUGGCCAGAUUGCCAGAGCCUGCACCAUCUUCUGUGUGGAUGAGAUUGUGGUCUUUGAUGAGAAUGGCCAAGAUGCCAAGACUGUGGAGGGGGAUUUCAAGGGAGUCGGCAAGAAGGGGCAGGCCUGUGUGCAGCUGGCUCGCAUCCUGCAGUACCUGGAGUGCCCACAGUACCUGAGAAAGGCAUUCUUUCCCAAGCACCAGGACCUGCAGUUUGCAGGGAUCCUAAACCCCUUGGACAGCCCUCACCACAUGCGCCAGGAUGAGGAGUCUGAGUAUCGAGAGGGCAUUGUGGUAGAACGGCCCACUAAGCCAAACCAGGGCUCCUUUGUCAACUGUGGCUUGAAGAAGGAUGUGAAGAUUGACAAGAAUCUGGAACCUGGGCUUCGGGUGACUGUGAGACUUAACCAAAAGCAGCUCCCAGAAUGCAAGGCCUACCGAGGAACAGUUGUGUCAUCGCAGGAACCCCGCAUCAAAGCUGGUCUGUACUGGGGCUACACCGUCCGGCUGGCCUCCUGCCUCAGUGCUGUGUUUGCCGAGUCCCCCUUCCAGGACGGGUAUGACCUGACCAUCGGUACAUCAGAGCGCGGCUCCAGUGUGGCCUCCGCCCAGCUACCCAGCUUCAAGCAUGCUCUUGUUGUGUUUGGGGGCCUCCAAGGGCUAGAAGCCGGUGUGGAUGCUGACCCCAAUCUGGAGGUGACUGAACCCAGUGUCCUCUUCGACCUGUACGUCAACACAUGCCCCAGGCAGGGCAGCCGCACCAUCCGCACUGAGGAAGCCAUCCUCAUUUCCCUGGCUGCCCUGCAGCCUGGCCUCACCCAGGCUGGUACCUAGCCUUCCUGAAAGUCCAAGACAUGGUGAAGAGGCAACAGUGAAAGCAGGGCUUGCUGUGUGUCAUCUGGGAUAGAGAUGGCCAAGACUGCUUCUCCUAAGACAGCCAACUUUAAUGUAUCCAGCCCCAACUCCCCUGUCUCUGGCUGCCACCCUCACUUGCUGCCAGCAGUGAUGGCCUUGAGGUUUCCAGUUCGUGCCAAGAUAUUGGGCACGAAGAGCAGUCCUGAGGCCCGCUCGAUGCUCUCUAUGGGCACUAGGAAGCGCUCCAGCGGAAGGGUCUCAUCCACAGGAGCGUUAGGCAUCACAUAAGAGCGCAGCUCAAUCUGUCCUCCUGCUGCCUCCAGGAUCAGCACCUUGAAGAAGUGCGUGGGCACUGCCACGUGGUUCUUGCCAAUCACCUGGUAUUUCACAUAGGACUUCCCAUCAGCCUCCGUCCUGCAAGUAGACCCAGGCAAACAUGGCCAAGAGGCUGGAUUGGACCCAAGAUUGCUUCUUCUCUGAUCUAACCUCCAGCUACUGCCAUCUACUGGAUCACCCCCUCACUAAGCGACUUGUGUGCCAUACUCUUUGGGGCUGCGAACUGUAAGGCAGAGCUUAACUGUUGCCUUCAUCUUCCCCAUGUCCAACGCUGGGCCAGGCAGGAUGGGUGGCAAUAAAUGCUGCUGAAACAGUA